UACUUGUUAGCAGUUAACAAAUUUUUGAAUGGAAUUGGUAUUUGCCUAUUUGGCAACCUUGUUCCUAUCUAUUCGGCUUUUACGAGAAGAGGAGUGGUAAAAAGAAAUGAAGUGUCAAAUUGGUCAAAUUGUGGUUGUUUGUGUUGUUUAACUGGGAAAAUUAAAUAUCAAUGUGGCCAUCCCCAUCACAUAUUUUACGUGAAAUCGUUUCUAUUAUUAUUCGACUUCGUAAGUAAUGGCUGGAGUAAAUAGGUUCAUCAAUAGUUGCGUGGCAUGUGGUAAUGCCUUAAAAUGGAUUCCGGUUGUUUUUAUCGUCACUGUCAUAGUAUGGAGUUAUUACGCGUAUGUCGUACAACUUUGCUUCAAUUUUGCUACAACAAUUGUUCAACAAGUAUUUUACCUUGUGAUAUACCAUGUAUUAUUGGUGAUGCUCAGUUGGUCAUAUUGGCAAACCAUAUUUACCCCAGUUGGGACUGUUCCAAAACAGUUUAGAUUGUCAGCUGCAGAUUUAGAAAGGUUUGAGCAAGCAGAAGGCUUGGAAGCACACCAACAAAUCCUUGAACAAAUUGCAAGAAAUUUACCUGCACUCACCAGAACACCAAUUGGGCCAAGGUACUGUGAAAAAUGUGUCCAUAUCAAACCUGAUCGGUGCCAUCAUUGCAGUGUCUGUGGUGUAUGUGUUACAAAAAUGGAUCACCAUUGCCCAUGGGUUAACAACUGUGUGGGAUUCAAAAAUUACAAAUUCUUCAUCCUUUUCCUGGGCUAUGCGUUCAUCUAUUGUAUUUUCGUUGCAUUUACGUCGCUGCCCUACUUUAUCCAAUUCUGGAAAGUACCGAAUGAAAUUCCGGGCACCGGUAGAUUCCACGUUCUUUUUCUCUUUUUCGUAUCGAUAAUGUUUUCCAUUUCUCUCGUUUCCCUAUGGGGUUACCAUAUUUAUCUUGUGCUGCACAAUCGAUCGACACUAGAGGCUUUCCGUGCACCAAUCUUCCGCAGUGGCCCUGACAAGGACGGUUUUAACCUUGGAAAAUAUAACAAUUUUGUAGAAGUGUUUGGCGACCGGAAAUCCCAUUGGCUACUUCCAGUCUUUACAAGUUUGGGCGACGGCAUUAUUUAUAAAAGUUGUCACCUGGCCACUCCUGUAGUAGCUUCCACGCCCACCACAAUCUACAGUUCUAUGGAAACUACCUCUCCUCUUGCUACCGCUAACACCUUGUCUUCUCACAAUCCUGAUCCUCAGCACACGACGGAGACGGCUUUGAAUAUGGGCGAUGGAGUUACCUUUCCACAACGACACAUGGACGAAGAUGAAGAUUCACUACUGGGUGCUAGAAGCCAGCGCUGGAUGGAAGAGGGUGGCGUUGAAAACACACGCCUCGAGACUAAUCCCUAUCAUGUAGUGAACUUGGAUCCUUUAGUCCAGACAGUUUGAAAGCCGAGUAUUUACCAAAAUCUUUUCCGUUCGCCAUUUUUGGUUUCUCUCUUCAAUCACGAGCUUUAUUAUGUGUUUUGACUGGGGGAAAUUCAUUAAGGCACCUUUUCUGUCCGACGUUCGAUGCAUGGUCGCAUUCACACGUGCAAUUUCAGUUGUCAUUAAUUCCGAUCCUGUUUUUUUGUUUAUUUUAUUUGUGUGUAUGUGUGUGAUGUAGAUAAAUAUUACAACUCAAUCAAGGUAUUA